GCUGUCCAAGACCUCGUGAGGUCACCUAGAGGACUGACCAAAGCGGAGUACUGUACAUGUAAACGGAAUCAUGCCUGAAGACUGGGACAAGGACGUGUAUCCAAAGGCACCGCGACGCACACCGGUCGUGGACAAACAGACCGCGCUUCCGAACCCGCUCGAUUUCAUAAGCAGGUUAUUUUACUACACCGUGGAUUUGCCAGUCACUACCGUGCGAGACUGGAUAGACCAUCAACAUCAAAAGAACAAAUUCUACUAUUACCAUCAGCAGUUCCGCCGCGUUCCGGACCUGACCGAAUGCCAGGUUGGAGACCACCUGUGCUGCUUUGAGGCAGAGAUGCAGUGGAGUCGAGACUACAAAGUCGACCAAGAGAUUGUGAAGGUGAUGCAAGAGCGGAUGCAGGCCUGCCAGCAGAGAGAAGGGGAGAGCUACAUGCAGAACUGCGCCAAGGAGAUUCAGCAGUUUCAGCAGGUUGCAGCCGCCUACCAGUCGAGAUAUGGAGACCUCGGUGUGUACGCCAGCGCCCGCAAAUGUCUGAUGAAACAGAAACAACGAAUGAUCGAAGAACGGGAGAAACAAAAGGCUGCCUGAUGUGGCCCGCGCCGAUCUCCCGACUAAAUGACUUGGUGGUGUGAAUAUGUGAAAAUAAAGCUGGAAAUUAGGAAAAUGG